GAGCUCCGAAAUGAGCGGUCUGGGGCCGGUGUGCAAGGCAGUUGCUGAAGCCGAGACCCCUUCCUGGAAUACUGAGAGCCCGUCCGUUUCCCGGGAGGGAGCCGCAGAUCUGGUGCCGGGGAGGGAGCGAGGACGCGAUCUGGGGUGCGCACUACCUCUCCUAAGAGCGGACGAUUACCCAGCAUCAGCUCCCUUUCGUUCCGCUACCGAGCCAGGCUUCCGGUCAGUGGAGGGUUGCUCUUGGUGAACUUGAGCAGAGGCAGAAGCUAAAGAGAAACAUUUCAGAGCCAGGAGAGGAGGGUCGAUAGAGCUCAGGGAUGGUGAAGGCCAUGACACUUAGGCAGAAGCUGCAGCUGCGGGGCCCAGUGGACGAAGAUAAGUGAUGGUGUCAGUCAAGUACCUGAUGGAAACGGGGCAGAAGGAGCAGUAACCCCAGAAAAGCACAGGCUGGCUCCACAAUGCCGAGAUGACGCCUCCGGAGGCCCAGGCCUCCCUCCCACCCGGGCACUAGGAGCCGUCCCCAGGCUCCAGCCAGGAGCCCUGCCUCCCAGGGGCAUGGCCAAACCUUUCUUCCGACUCCAGAAGUUUCUCCGCCGAACACAGUUUCUGCUGUUCUUCCUCACAGCUGCCUACUUGAUGACCGGCAGCCUGCUGCUGCUGCAGAGGGCCCGAGUGGCCCUGCCACAGGGUCCCCGGGCACCUGGCUCCCUGCAAGCCUUGCCUGUGGCUGCCAUGGCACUGGGUGUGGGCCUGCUGGACAGCAGAGCCCUGCAGGACCCCCGUGUCAGUCCGGAGCUGCUGCUCGGUGUAGACAUGCUGCAGAGCCCCCUGGCCCGGCCCCGGCCUGGACCCCGCUGGCUCCGGAGCCGCAACUCGGAGCUGCGUCAGCUACGGCGCCGCUGGUUCCACCACUUUAUGGGCGACCCCCAGGGGCUGCCGGCCCUGGGCCCUGAGGCCCCCAGGCCAGCCGCUAGCAGCAGAGGCACCUAUGUUGGAUGCUUCAGUGACGAUGGCCAGGAGAGAACACUGAAGGGCUCUGUGUUUUUUGACUUGAGAAAGAUGACUGUCUCCCACUGCCAGGAUGCCUGCGCUGAGCGGUCCUACGUCUACGCUGGCUUGGAGGCCGGGGCAGAGUGCUACUGCGGGAACCGGCUCCCGGUGAUGAGCGUGGGGCCGGAGGAGUGUAAACACGAGUGCAAGGGCGAGAAGGGGUCCAUGUGCGGGGGUGUUGGCCGGCUCGCUGUCUACCGGGUGGAGGAGCUGCAGCCGAGCUCCAGGAAGCGGAGGACAGUCACGUACCGUGGCUGCUUCAGACUGCCAGAGAACGUCACACACACCUUCCCUGACUCCUUGAUACAAGCCAAUGUGACCGUGGAGACGUGUUCCGGAUUUUGUGCCCAGAAAGAGUUCCCCUUGGCCAUCCUCAGAGGCUGGGAGUGCUACUGUGCUUACCCCACCCCCCAGUUUAACCUGCGGGAUGCAGUGGACAGCUCACUGUGUGUCCAGGACCCUGAGGCACAGAGGCUGGCGGAGUACUGUGAGGUCUACCAGACCCCCGUGCAAGACACUCGGUGCACAGACAGAAGGUUCCUGCCCACCAAAUCCAAAGUGUUUGUGGCUUUGUCGAGCUUCCCGGGAGCCGGGAAUACCUGGGCACGGCACCUCAUCGAGCACGCCACCGGCUUCUACACGGGGAGCUAUUACUUCGAUGGGACUCUCUACAACAAAGGAUUUAAGGGCGAGAAGGACCACUGGAGGAGCCGGCGCACCAUCUGCGUGAAGACCCACGAGAGUGGCAGGAGGGAGAUUGAGAUGUUUGACUCGGCCAUCCUGCUGAUCCGGAACCCCUACAGGUCCCUGGUGGCUGAAUUCAAUAGGAAGUGUGCCGGGCACCUGGGCUAUGCAGCUGACCGCAAUUGGAAGAGCAAAGAGUGGCCAGACUUCGUCAACAGCUAUGCGUCGUGGUGGUCCUCGCACGUGCUGGACUGGCUCAAGUAUGGCAAGCGGCUGCUGGUGGUGCACUACGAGGAGCUGCGGCGCAGCCUGGUGCCCACGCUGCGGGAGAUGGUGGCCUUCCUCAACGUGUCCGUGAGUGAGGAGCGGCUGCUCUGCGUGGAGAACAACAAGGAAGGCAGCUUCCGGCGGCACGGCCGGCGCCCUCACGACCCCGAGCCCUUCACCCCGGAGAUGAAGGACUUGAUCAACGGCUACAUCCGGACAGUGGACAAGGCCCUGCGUGACCACAACUGGGCUGGGCUGCCCAGGGAGUACGUGCCCAGAUGAUAGGCCCAGCCGCUCUGCCUGCCCUGCUGAGAGCUGGCUGCCCCUGGGGCUGCACCCGCUCAGGUGCUCAGGUGGUGGCCUCGCUGGGACACAAGGCUGCUUGUGCUGCCAGCAGGGAGGCUCGCCCAGCGCUGCCUCCCUCACGUGCAGGGACACCAGACACAGGCCCUUAGCCCACUCAGGCAGACACGGUGUCACAGAACAGACACUCACACCUAGCCAGACACGCUUAGACGCACCACUCCACGCUUGCAAUGCCCAUUUUGACAAGCCCAAGACACCAUGCAGAGUGUGCCAGACACUCCCAGACUUGCAAACACAAUCACACAUACACACCAGGUUAUGUGUUCCCAGAGGCUGUCAGUCUGUCCCUCUCUCACACUUAGAGACAAGUUUUCCAGGGCUCUUGGAGGCCCCCAGUUUCCUGUCUCCAGCCCCAGGCAUGGACUUGCUGGUCAGGGCUCUUGACUGUGGGGUGCUGGGCUGGGCGGGCAUCCAUGCUGUGAACAGCAAGGACUGGGGCAUGGAGGUGGGCUCACGCACUGUUGCUGCUGAGCCACACAGCCCUGACACCCUAUAAAUGUGUGUGGUGUGACAAUUGGGCACCACAAACUCUGCAGUCCUGCCUCCCUCUUCUCUGUGGGUGGGCAGCGGCUCCAUGGGCAGAGUGGAGCACCCCUCACACACACAGCAACCUCAGGACGCACAGCAGGUUCUGUGCACCCCCUGCUACCCCUUUCAGCAUGAGUGCUCCUUGGA